GGGUAUACUACUGUCCUUUGUAUAUAAUAAAAAAAGUUAGAAAUUUAUAAAACUAGUCUCUUAGUAUACAUUACUCCAACAGUUAUGAAACCGUUAGCUUGGUUUUCUAAGGCUGAACAACGUGGGGAAAAUAUCUCAGAUGAAUUCAAAAUUGAAAUCACGGAUAAAAAACAAUAUCGCCGUAUCAUAUUUUUUUUACUCGCCGUGUCUACUUCAAUAUGGCUAAUGAUAGGAGUUCACUUGAUACACAGUAUAUUUCACUUAGGAGAUUGUUUGCAUUAUGGCAUCACGAUAAGUACUUUCACAUUUGUUUUUACUAAGAUUCUACCAUAUGCUCUAUUUGCGUACAAAAAAGACUCGAAAUAUCCAUGUAUCAUUUUCUAUGCAUUUGGUGUUACUCAACUACUAAUGGCUAGUGUGCUAUUUUUUUCCAUAAACAUACUGGACACAUUAUCCAAAACAGAAAUAUUUAUGGGUUGCCAUAAUAAAAAUCAAGUUCUCACGUCAGUACUCUUUUACCUUAAUUCAUUAUUACUAUUCGUAUGGGCAGUGGGGCUCGAUAAAAGUAUCAAAAUUCCUAGUAAGAAUGAUUCUAAAAAACAAAACGAGUUACCAAACAUCUCCGAAAAGAAAACUUAACGUAUGAAAAUACAUGAUUGUGGUCAAUUGAAUGUAUUAUAGACUGGCUAAUAAAAUUAUAAAUUUCUCGAUGUAAUAAUAAAAAAAGGAUAUACGACUGUGAC